AUGGCCGCGUACGACCCCUCCGUGAUCGCCACCAUCGGAUCUCUUGAGCAGGCAAGGCUUGGCAUCCAGGUUGACAACUUCCAUGUGUUCCUCGAGGAAUAUCGAGUCCUCGCCGUCCACCACCAUAUGAACAACCACUUCGGCCUGACCCUUGUCCAUCGCGACACCGACGAGGGGCCCAGCAGUCGUCCUUGCUUGACCAGAGAGGAGAGAAGGUCUCGAAACCUGGAAGUCAUCUCCGAGGAGGGGGACAGCAGUCGUCCUCGCUCGACUGUGCCCUUCGCUGACAUGGACCUCUUUGCUCAAUAA